GGAAGCCAGGAUGCUCUGCAAUCCCUCCAUCUAGGUGCAGGUUGUAUAUAUGUAAAAAACAACAACAACAAACCAUAUACCAUAAAGACAUCACAGUCUUUGUUGUGCCUAAUUUCUGAAGGAGACACAAAACUUGGGUUGGGAUCAGCGGUGUGGAAGCACGAUUGUAAAGAAAGCAGCGUUGUCAUUGUGGUACAGCAGCCAGGAUGGGCCAGGUUUCCGUGUGGGCUGUAAGCAUCACUGCGCUGAUCUUUCUGCAGUCUGUUUCUACCUCUAAGCUGGUUUGCUAUUUCACCAGCUGGUCCCAGUACCGGGAAACUUCAGGGCGUUUUGUCGCUGAUCAGAUUGAUCCAAAUCUCUGCACCCACAUCAUUUAUGCUUUCGCCAAAAUAAGUGGCAACCAGCUCGAGCCCGGUGAAUGGAAUGAUGCCACUACAUAUGGGACUCUCAAUCAGCUUAAAAGAAAUCGCAACUUGAAGACCCUUCUCUCUGUUGGUGGAGCUCUCAUGGGACCUGAACCCUUUAGAAGAAUAACUGCAUCUCCUGCCACACGCUCAGAAUUUGCGAUGUCUGUGUUGCAGUUGCUUCGGACAAAUAACUUUGAUGGCUUUGAUCUUGCUUGGCCCUUAGCAGAACUGUCUGAUAAAAGCCGUUUGACUAGCCUGGUUAAGGAUCUGUCUGUAGCAUUUCGGAGGCGGGGUCAGAAAAGACUCUUACUGAGUGUUGCAAUACCCGCUGGAAGGGAAGCCAUUGACAAAGGUUAUGAUAUUCAGACGAUCUCAGAAUAUGUUGAUUUCAUUAACUUCAUGACCUUUGAUUUUCACGGCGCCUGGGAAAGUUUCACAGGCCAUUUAAGCCCUCUUCAGAAGAGCACAGCUGACAGUGGAUCUGCAUCCUACUACAAUGUUGACUACGCUGUGAAGUAUCUACGCAGCAUAGGUGCCCCAGCUGAGAAGAUCAUCAUGGGAAUCCCCACUUAUGGCCGGUCUUAUACCCUUUCUACCAAGCUGACUGGAGUUGAAGCCCCAGUAUCUGGUGCUGGGACACUUGGUCCUUUCACAAAAGAAGCGGGGAUACUGGCCUAUUAUGAGAUCUGCAACUUUAAUAAAGGUGCCACCACAGCAGUGAUUCCAGGGGGGAAUGCUCCCUAUUCCUUCAAGGGAAAUCAGUGGGUAGGAUACGACAAUGUGGACAGCAUUAAAACUAAGGUCAACUAUCUGAAGCAAAAGAAGCUGGGAGGUGCCAUGGUAUGGGCCAUGGAUCUGGAUGACUUCAGUGGUUCUUUCUGUGGCCAAGGAGCAUACCCACUCCUCCAGACUCUGAAGAGAGAACUUGGCUCCACAGGCCUGGCACCAAACCCCAAACCUCCAGUUCCUGCUGAACCUCCAAGACCUGAUGCGCCACAACCUGAUGCACCUACAGCAGACACCUUUUGCCUUGACAAGGAGGAUGGGAUCCAUGCUGAUUUGCAAGAUGCCACAAAGUAUUAUAUGUGCACCCACAAAAAGACUUUCAGCUUGCCUUGCCCAACAGGACUAACUUUUGACAACCAGUGCAAAUGUUGCAGUCAUCCUCAAUAAAGGGCUUCUAAUAUCGGCAAACCCCAAAGAUGACAUUCCGUUGUCUUCAGAGCUAAGUACUUCAGAGCUAAGUGCUUUGCUGUCCCUGUAAAACUGCCUAUACUUCCAAUAUGUUCAUCUGCAUAUUUCUCCAAGUCUUUAACAAAUAGGGUUAUAGUAUCUGCCUCUACUUUGCACCAAAGAACAACGCACCAGCCAGCAAGAUAUGAGCACUUCAUAAUAGUUUGCUUAUACAAUAUGUAGCCACUUGCUCCCUAUUUCUAAUAAUUUUAGCAAAAGAAAAUAAACUCA